AUGAGUUUCAAGAAUAAAGUGGUGAUAGUAACAGGAGCAAGCUCUGGUAUAGGAGCGGCGGUCGCUGAAGAAUUUAGCACAGAAGGAGCGAAAGUAGUGAUGGUUGGAAGAAAUGAAGCUAAAUUGAAUAAUGUCGCCAAACGCUGCAACAGCCCUUUAGUUGUCCGCGCUGAUCUAUCCAACGAUAAAGAUGUCAAAAAGAUAAUAGACGAGACAAUAGCCCAGUUUGGGCAAAUAGAUAUCUUGGUCAACAACGCAGGAACCUAUGCCGACGCUUCCCUUCUAAGCGGUAACAUUAUGGACUCAUACGAUUUUAUCAUUCGUGUCAACCUUCGAGCACUUAUAUACUUAACGAGUUUGGCUGCUCCAUACAUUGUUAAGACUAAGGGCAACAUCAUCAAUAUAUCCAGUGUUUCAGGAUCCAUAGCACCUGUGGCACCUGGUUUAUGUGCUUAUAACGUAUCGAAAGCAGCCGUGAACCAUUUCAGCACUUGUAUUGCUACGGAAUUGGGAGCACUCGGAGUUCGAGUCAAUACCGUCAGUCCAGGCCCUGUCGAUACUGACUUCAUAGAAAAUACUGGCUUCCCGGGACCUUGGGAGAUAUACAAACAAAAAACUGUGCUGAACAGAGUAUCGGAACCUAAGGAAAUAGCGGACGUGGUGCUCUUCCUUGCGAGCGAUAAAGCCAAGUCUAUCACGGGAGUUAAUUACUUAACUGAUAAUGGUAUGGCUAUUAUGCAUUGA